UCAUAAAGAGACUCCCUGGGGAGUCCUUCUCACUGUCUUCCUCCCCCUCUUACCCACUGGACCCAGUCCAGUCACCGCUGAAACCAUGGCUCUGGGUGUCCUGUGUCUGGGUCUCACCCUGCUCGGGGUCCUGCAGAGUCAGGCCCAGAACUCCAACCAGCCAUUGAUCCCUGCCCCACUUGUGUUUAAGAUCCCCCUGCAGCCAGGCUUCAAGAAGGAUCAGUUUCAGGGGAGGUGGUACGUGGUGGGCCUGGCAGGCAACACAGUCCAGAAAGAAGAACAAGGCCGUUUUAUGAUGUACAGCACCAUCUACCAGCUGCAAAACGACACCAACUACAAUGUCACCUCCAUCCUGCUCAGGGACCAACGUUGUGACUACUGGAUCAGGACUUUUGUUCAACACCUCACAGCUGGCCGAUUCUCCCUGGGAAACAUUCAAAAUUAUUCUAACAUACAGAACUAUUUAAUACAAGUGGCCUCUACCGACUAUGACAAGUUUGCCAUGGUAUUUUUCAAGAAGACUUCUGGAAACAAGCAAUACUUCAAAAUUAUCCUGUAUGGAAGAACUAAGGAAUUGCCCACUGAACAAAAGCAGCAUUUUGUCCGCUUUGCCAAGAUUCUGGGCCUUACAGAUGACCACAUCAUCUUCCCUGUCCCCACCGACCAAUGCAUUGACAACUGAACAGGCGGUGCCUCCGGUCUGCCCACAAGCCCAUCUUUCCUGUUGCCAGAGCGCCGAAUGGUUACCCCACCAAGCCACGAUACCAAUGAGCACCAGAUGACUCAUUAUCUGGGCUGCACUACCCGGCCACCCAUCCCAAUGACACCCCUGAAUAAAUGCAUGUCCCCA